CAUGCGUGAACAUCCCCCCCCCCCCCCCCCCCCCCGCCAGCAGGUAAACUCCACCAUGGCGGCGGCGCGAGGACAUGUGCAGGAUCCCAACGACAGGAGACUCAGACCCAUUUACGAUUACCUCGAUAAUGGCAACAAUAAAAUGGCAAUACAGCAGGCCGAUAAACUGCUGAAGAAACACAAGGACCUGCACUGUGCCAAGGUCCUAAAGGCUAUCGGCCUUCAGAGGACAGGGAAGCAGGAUGAAGCGUUCACUUUGGCCCAGGAAGUGGCCACUCUAGAGCCCACUGAUGACAACUCGCUACAGGCUCUGACUAUUCUGUACAGGGAGAUGCAUCGUCCGGAGUUGGUCACCAAGCUGUACGAAGCCGCGGUGAAGAAGGUUCCCCUCAGCGAGGAGUACCACUCUCACCUCUUCAUGGCGUACGCGCGCGUCGGGGAGUACAAGAAGAUGCAGCAGGCGGGAAUGGCCUUGUAUAAAAUCGUCCCCAAGAAUCCGUAUUACUUCUGGUCUGUCAUGAGUCUGGUGAUGCAGGCCAUCUCAGCACAAGAUGAAAAACUGUCCCAGACCAUGUUCCUGCCUCUGGCUGAACGCAUGGUGGAGAAGAUGGUCAAGGAGGAGAAGAUUGAAGCAGAAGCAGAGGUGCAGCUGUAUUAUAUGAUCCUGGAGCGUUUGGGGAAGUGUGUCGAGGCUCUGGAUGUGAUCAGGGGUCCACUCGGUGAGAAGCUGACCAGCGAGCUGCAGAGCAGAGAAACCAAGUGCAUGAGUCUCUACCGGAGACUACAACGCUGGCCAGAGUGCAACUCGCUGGCCCACAAGCUGCUGCUCAAGAAUCCUGACGACUGGCAGUUCUACCCCUCCUACUUCGACUCCCUCUUCCACCUCAUCGAUCAGUCGUGGAGUCCUCCGGAAGAAGGCGAGCACUGCUCGGAGGGUUCGGUCCAUCACACCGUGGCCGAGGUGGCGAGCUUCGUGGAGGAGAGGAUUCUGGGGGAGGACGGCAAAGACUCGCGCUCGCUCAGAGGGCCGUAUCUAGCUCGGCUGGAGUUAAUGCACCGGCUGAGGGAGCGGGGCUGUCCUGAAGAGAAGCUGCUAGGUGAUCCUUUAGAGCUGAUGGUGCAGUUCUUCGGGAAGUUUGGAGACAAACCGUGCUGCAUCACCGACCUCAAGAUAUACCUCCACCUGCUCUGCCCCGAACAACAUGUGCAGUUCGUUAACCGCCUGGGGGAAGCGGUGCCCCUGGGGGAGCAGGGGGACGAGGGCUUCGCCUUCCCAGAGGACACCAAAGCGCUGCAGAGGCAUCUGUGUGUGUGUCAGCUGAGUCGAGCCCUCGGGCUGCAUCACGCGCUCCACCCGGACGGGAAGCUGCGGCUCAUCGCCGAGCUCAAGGCCCACUACCGCCACGGACUCAAGUUUGGGUCGGACGCGCUGAAGACGGAGCUGCAGUUCUCCGACAUGUAUUGUCUCAUGGCGGCUCACGUUUACAUCGACCUGUGGAAGGAGACGGGGGAUGAGAACAUGGUGUGGCAGAGUCUGGGCGUCCUCCAGGAGGGUCUGACCGCCAGCCCCUCCAACGCCCAGUUCAAGCUGCUCAUGCUGCUCGUCUACUGUCACCUGGGCGCCUUCGAGCCCGUGGUGGACCUCUACUCCAGCCUGGACGCCAAGCAUGUGCAGCACGACACCAUCGGGUUCCUGUUGACGCGCUACGCCGGCUCUCUGGGUCAGUUCGCUGCAGCCUCCCAGUCCUGUAACUUCUCCCUCAGGUUCUUCCACUCCAACCAGAAAGAUACCUCAGAGUACAUCAUCCAGGCGUACAAGUACGGAGCGUUUGAGAAAAUCCCAGAGUUCAUUGCGCUCAGGAACCGGCUGAACCAAUCGCUGCACUUCGCCCAGGUGCGCACGGAGAGGAUGCUGCUGGACCUGUUCCUCGAGGCCGACAUUGUGUUGAGUCUGGAGGAGAGUGUGAAGGCCAUGUCUUUGUGUCCAGAGGAGGACGACAUCCCCUGGGACACCAUGAGGGACAACAGAGACCUCACCGUCUUCACCUGCUGGGACCCCAAAGACAGACAGCUGACCGAGGAGCACCGGCGUCGCUCUCUGGAGGAGGAGUCCGUCUGGCUGCGGUUGCGCUCCCUGACGCUCCGCCUCCUCGCCUCGCUGGCCUCGCCGGGACACACGCCGCCGCAGACGCCGGCGCAGCAGAACUCCGAGAAGGCCAACGAGAACGGCGUCGCGGACGAGCCCCCGAUCCUCGGCGUGCUGCUGUCGCAGCUGCACCGCACGCUGCAGACGGCGGCUCAGAUGGCGGAGAAACGCACGCAGUACCCACUCCUGGGCCCCCCCGCCACCCGCCUGGCCUCGGCCCUGUCCAGCGGCAGCUGUCAGUGCCAGGCCGCCGCCCUGCAGCUGUCGGUCCACCUGCAGGACCUGGAGAGCGCCGGACUCGAUGAGUCGUCGGAGCUUCAAACUCAGAUCUGUAACGGUUUCCAAUCUUUAGUAGUCCAGCUUCGAGAAAUACUGAAUAAAUGCAAAGGAGAUUUAUUGGAAAUGAAAGGGAGCAAAUUAAAAACCCGGCCCUCCUUAUUAGAAAACCUCAUCUUCUUUGUCGAGACGGUGUGCAUAGUCUUGUGGACGGCGAGUCACUGUGCCAAGAUCCUCCGGCCGCUCAAGACGAGUCUACAGAAGAAGAAGAAGAAGAAAAAGGACGUAAACACGGCGCUGCCAGCGGUGGUUUGUGGGUUCCAGGAGCUGACGGGGAGCUUGCAGGACCUGCUUACCCAGGCUUUGGAAUACAUAAAGGGGCAGGAGACCGGCAUCACGGCCCUUCAGCUGGCCGGGUUGAGCUUGGAAGGAAACACACAGGACGAGGAGUCGUUUGCGAAGGCCGCCAUGGACAAAGUGCAGAGCAGUUACCUGCGCUCGCUACAGGAGGCGGGAGAUCUGCUCAAGAAGAGAGCCGAAACUAUAAAGAACCUUAAGAUCUGACCCCCUCAGACCCCCCCAGACCCCCUCUACCCCCCAUCAGCCCACCAGCUGACUCUGAGUCCUACAAUCCAGAACCACAGUCGUCACUCGCCUCCUUCCUGUCCUGCAUAUUUCUCAACUCAGCAGUUUGUGAGCUCUCAAUCUGGAUUUUUAUUUUCUCGUCUUUCACAUCAAACACACACACACACACGUUCAACUCUUAUAGCACACAAGCUUGUAAGUAAACUCGUGAAUUUAUUACGGGGACUUAUAAGUGAAAAUGAGGAAUAAAACACGUGAGCCUUUUUCUUUUCUUUUCUUUUUUUUUUACAAAAUAAAGCAAAUAUAUAGGAAAAAAAAUGAAUAAGCAGUUUUUAGAUGAAGUAAUCUAAUAAAUUAUUGUACAUAGUAAAGAACUACUACCACAACUUAAAUAAGAAUAUAAGACACAGAUAUUGUCCGUUUUAAGUUGCUUCUUUUUAUGCCUCACUUUGUUUUGUUUCUUCUGGUGAGAACAAUGAAAGCAACACACACACACACACACACACACUCUGGGACUGUUAACACUAAGGAGGAACGUGAUGUCAUUGUGCUGCUUUUUUUCCAGCUGUUUCCGUCAAAGAGCAGGAAGGCACAAUAUUCACCGACUCCCCGCCGACGGACGUUUCCCCUCAUUCAAGAAAUUAUUUCGUCACAAUCUUUUUUCUUCUUUUAUGUUUUUUUUGUUGUUGUUGCUUUUGUGUAUCUUGUGUGUCUCCUUGAAAGUAGUUUCAGUAUUAUAAAGAGCAGUAGUGGGAUGAGUUAAGAGGACUUUUUUUUUUUUUUUUUUUUUUUUUCAAACACGUCGACAAAAACACACAAAAGAAUUCAGCUCCACUCACGUUUUAUAAUUAUUUAAAAGAACAUUAUUAAGAUUAUCUAAACCCCGUUUGUACGGCUGCGGUCAUUAAAAAAGUAUUUUUGAACCAAAUGCAUCGUUAUGCGAAGAUAAAUCAUCUUGUGACAACAUUAUAAUAAAUAUAAUGUGCGACGGAUGCGUGUUUUUGACGCACGGUGUGACGUUUUGGACUUUGACCCAAAACUACGGAAGCCCGGAGAGUCAAGUGAGAAAAAAACAAACAUGCCGGUGGUUUUAUUUUCGAAGUCCUAUCCAAAAUGUUUUCUCUUAGUUUUUUUGUUUCUUUUACUUAAAUUAAUUUUGGGUGAAAACAAAUAAAUUGUGUGUAGAGUUCAUCAAUCUGCAGAUUUUAGCUGCGUCCAAAAUUGAAAAAAAUUGGGGGAAAAAAGUACUGAAGAUACAGCAACACUUUAAUCUGUGUCACUACGGCGUUACUUCCUUCAAAGAAACACUUAACGUAUAAAAAUAUAAGGUUUUGCCAGAAUAAUUAUUUUGUUGUUGUAGUUCUCAUUUCGGCCACAAGGGGCUAAUGCUCUAAAUACAACUAAAAACAUGAAUGACUUCCUUCCAGGCGAGUUUAUAUUUUCCAUCUGUAACUUUGUGUUUUGGUCUUGCUGCACUUCAGCCUCCUGUGGCCACAAUGAGUAUUACAACAACACGCCGUAUUUCUCCUGUUUUACAAAAUGACAUAACUAAGAAAACAAGAGGAUUUCUCCCUUGACCCUCUGGGGCUUCCGUACCGAUCCGACGGUUCCAAUCAAGACGCAGCUCUGUAGAAAUAUUAUAUUCUGGACUUAAUUGUUAAAUGUUGAGUUGAGGCAGCAGUCGACGCAAAGAGAUCUGUCUGGUGUUCAUGUGUUUGCCAUUCCCGUUAGACUCCCCCCCCCCCCCCCCCAUGAACCAAACACUUCUUCAGCUUCAGCAUCUUCUAAAAAAAGAUCUUCUCCUGUUUUUCAUAACCAGUGAGAGUCAGACAUCGUUUACAGAGAUCACACAGGAGCACUGAUGGCUGCAGACCGCGUGCCGUUUUCCUUUUUUUGUUUUGCUAUUUUUAUUAAGAAUUUGACAGCAAUGUGAAAAUGUGAGUGAACGAUGAAUCCUCCCUCCUUCCUGUUGGUCUUGUACCCGCAUACGAAUCACAUCUGCUAAUAAAUGCCUUUUUUCUUUGAA